AAAAGGAGAUGACCGUUUGAUAGAUCCGCAAAUCUCAGGCGUUUCAAAUCAUUUAUUUCAUACUCUUUCCACAACUAAUCUCAGUUCAAACGCUUGAAAUAAUCACUCGAAUCCGUUUCUCACCGGGAAGAGAGUUAAUCUGAAUCUCUAGUUACUCAGAAGAAGAAGAAGAAACAAAGAGUGUAGUUUUUUUCUAUAAUAAUGUUGAUGGCGAAUUGUGCGUCGGUGGAAGAAGAGAUGACGGAAUCUGAAUCAGGUGUGGCUACCACGCCGACUACUCCGAAGACGGUGGUAGUGAAGGAAGAUGACGCUGAUCAUCAUCAUCCUUACGCGUUUCACGUUUCUGGACCGAGGAACGUUGCUUCUCCUAACUGGAGAGAUCUUAUCAAUUCCAGUUGGAAGGAUCCGAACUAUAAGAGGACGGUCAUGGCAUGUUUUAUCCAAGCAGCCUACUUACUCGAACUCGACAGACAAGAGAACCGAGACGACCAAAACGCUCUCGCACCCAAAUGGUGGAUUCCUUUCAAGUACAAGCUAACGCAAACGCUGAUCGACGAGAGAGACGGAUCAAUAUUCGGAGCUCUUCUCGAAUGGGACAGAUCUGCUGCAAUGGCCGAUUUAGUCGUCAUCAGACCGAGCGGUGCACCAAAAGCGGUGCUUGCGCUGAGAGGAACGAUUCUCAAGAGCCUUACCAUGAGACGUGACAUCCAAGACGAUCUCCGUUUUUUAGCUUGGGAGAGUCUCAAAGGCUCCGUGAGGUUCAACGUUGCUCUCCAAGCGCUGGAAUCGGUAGCCAAGAGAUACGGUAGCGGUAACGUCUGCGUUGUUGGUCAUUCUUUAGGAGCUGGUUUUGCUUUGCAAGUUGGUAAGGCGUUGGCUAAAGAUGGGCUGUUUGUUGAUGCCCAUUUGUUUAAUCCGCCUUCUAUAUCUUUAGCUAUGAGCUUGAGGAACAUUGGUGAGAAAGCUGGUGUUGCUUGGAAACGACUCAUGUCGAUGCUUCCUCCCAGAAACGAGCAUGGUAAUGAAGAAGCCGAGGCUGCUCCGGGGAGUGUUUCUGGAGGGUUUAGGAACUGGGUACCGAGUUUCUACGGACAGAAUCAGAAAUCUUCUGUGGAUUUGAGAAAAUGGGUGCCUCAUUUGUAUGUGAACGACAGUGACUAUAUCUGCUGUUACUACACAGACCAGGAUGGAGUGGACAACGACAAGGAGAACAAGAGUCCUGUUGUGAACACUAUUCCUCAAGCGGCAGCAAAGCUUUUUGUGAUGUCAAAAGGGAAGCAGAAGUUCCUAGAGGCGCAUGGGUUAGAGCAAUGGUGGUCGGAGAAUCUAGAGCUUCAGUCAGCUAUUCACAGCAGCAGGUUGAUCACUCAGCAACUCAAGUCAUUAUACAGUGUCAAGUAAUCAUCACUUUCAGCAUGACGGUUACGGAGCCGUUUCCAUCGUUUAAUAAACACGUUUGUUCCCUUUUUCUAUCUUUACGGUUUGAUCUAAGAACAUUUUUUUUCCAUGAAAUGUAUAAAAAGAUCCGUUGUAACUGACCUGCAGCA